AUGUCGGGGAUCUGCUCCCCCCCUGCAUUGUCGGCGCGGCCACUGGCCGCCGCGCGCCCGCUGCUUGGCCUGCCGGCACGCCCGCUCGGAGCCCGAAGCCUCCAUGCGGCGUCUCCCGGAACGUCCACUGCGCGGGCAGCAGUGGCUGCCGCUGCAGCCGCCGGGGCCGGGGCGGCGAUCCCGCGGGGCCGCCGGCGGCGGGCGCCCGUGGUGGCCGCCCGCGCCACCAUGGGAGAGGCCGUGCGAGCACUCGAGCUGGAAGACAUGGCAGAGCGGCAGGCCUACCUGCACCAGGGGCGGGGCGUGCGGGACUUGCCAGGGACGGAGCUCGCUGGCGUCAGCUUCACCGGCAGCCUGAAGGAGUGGAUCCUGGCGCAGGAGGAGGCCUGCGGCAGGCCCUUCAAGCCGACCAAGAUACAGCAGUUCGCCAUGAGUCGGAUCUACGAGGGCGAGUGCGUGGUGCUGCAGUCGCCCACGGGCACCGGCAAGACGCUGGCGUACCUGCUGCCGCUCCUGCAGAGGCUGCAGGACGAGCCCCGCGAGAUGCCGGCGUCGCAGCUCCGGCUGCUGGUCCUGGUGCCGACGGCCGACCUGCAGGUCCAGGUGACGGCGGCCAUCCGGUCGCUGGUCGGUCCAGGGAGGAGCGCGGCGGUCGGCGCCCUGAGGAGAGACGUGGACGGUGCUGCGAUCGGCAGCGAGGCGGGGUCCAGGUUUGCCGUGCCCUACGCGGUCGCCGUGGCCACGCCGAAGCUGGUCCUGGAGCUCAUGGAACACCCCUCCAGAGGCCAGGCCUGGCGCAACGCCGUCUCCCAGAUCGACGCCCUCGUCGUGGACGAGGCCGACGCCUUCAAGAGGCAGCGGAGAUACGAGCGCAGGCAGAUGUACCUCAAGGGGGACAUGGAGCCCUGCACGAGGCUCAUGCAGAACAUUCGGAAUUGGACCGCGCGGGCGGGCAGGGGCGAUCAGUGGCAGCUGGUCGCCUCGAGCGCCACCGUGAACAGACAGGUGGACCGCUCCCUCCGUUUCGACUCGGGCAUUGACCUCUCGUACAUCCGCGCGUCUGGGGGUGCAGGCGAAGAGGAGGCGCUGCCCAGAAUGGGGAAGCCUGGAGAGUCAAAAGAUGGAACGUUGUUUCCAAAGGGACUCCAGCACACCAUGCGGAUAGUCGACGAGUGGAACUUCGCCACGGUCCUCGGGGCUGUGCGCAAGACUGUCCGUGAGCUCGACGCAAACAGGGUCCUGAUAGUUAUCGCGGGUGAAACUGCCGACCGUCCAGACAUGACGAUCGGCCUCAACCCCGCAGUAGCUUAUUCAACCGCUUCGCUUAGAGGAGAGAGGUUUCGAGGUCAGCGAUUCCUCCACAGCCGUCAAGGUGGCAGCGGCGGCGUUCGCAGACGGCGGAAUGGGCGAACGCUUCACCCCACUGGGCAGGAAGCCUGCAAAACAGGUGAUCAUCGCUACUCUUCAGGUCAUCCGGGGCAUCCACAUAGACGACAUCGAUGCCGUCAUUUUGGUCGGGCAUCCUGGCACCCCGACAGAGUAUGUGCACGUGGCCGGCAGGACUUGUAG